AUUGGGCGGCCGGCCGGCUGCUGAGGUUUGGUUGCGCAGGGGAGGGCGGAGCUGGAGCUGUGGCUGCGGGGAAGGAAGAUGUUGGGCGAUUUGCUGCUGUUCGGUACUUUGCUGAUGAAUGCAGGAACAGUGCUGAACUUCAAACUAAAGAGAAAAGAAUCACACAAUUUUGGCGAGGAUGGACGUGAUGCAACGACAGGUGAUAACAUCAGGGAAUUCCUGCUGAGUCUGCGCUAUUUCCGGAUCUUCAUUGCCUUGUGGAAUGUCUUCAUGAUGUUUUGUAUGAUAGUGUUAUUUGGAUCCUGAAAUCUUGUCUUUAUGGAAGUGAUCCAAUAUGAGACAAACCCAUGGACUUGCAUUGUACAGCCUUUUUCCCUUCUCAAAUGUAAUUACUACAUCAGUUUCAGCUUUGAAGCUUGAGCUCACUCUUCCCAUAUUUGCAUAUAAUGUGCCUGAUGUGUGAUUACUCUAUAGCAAGUGUAAGUCUUCAGAUUUGUUCCACGAUAGAUCCAAUUUUCAGAAAGUUUACCCGCAACCCCCCCCAUUCUGCACAGUUGGGAGGCAACGUGAGGCAGCAGCAUUUCUCUGCAUAAUUUUUAUUUAAAAACUUUUGUUAACCCAGACCUUCAGUGUGCUGCUUUCCAAUCGUUCUUAUUAAACGCUGUGAAAAUCUUUAUCGAAGUAUAUUAAAAAUAGAGAAUUUUUAAAUGGUCAAAUUUAUUGUGAAUGUAACAUAAUCCAUUAGUCUUUUUUUAAAAAAAUCUUAACACCUGUUCUAAAAAAUUAGUUUUGGUACAUAUUUUGCUGCUCGCAAAUUAUAGAACUUCUGACUAAUGCAAAAGUAAUAGGUGCUUGGCAAGUAGGGAGUUUCAGGAGUCCAGGACAUUGUGCAAAUUUUAGAUAUAAAGUGAAGUGGUUUAAUGAUGUCCCCAGGGUUACUAAAGACAUAAUAGAUUAUUAAUACUUCCUCUUUUAGUGUCUUUCAAUUUAAUUUGGGAGGGGAGAUGGCAAUGUGAGAUUAUUUAAUAACAUUAUAGUUAUUUUAUAUGAAACUGGAAGACCUCAGUGAAAACAGUUUACAUUUUGAGUGCAAAAUGUUCACUCAUUGGAAAAUUAGCCUAGUUUACAUCAAUGGGCUGUAAUCUCUCAGUGAUCAAUUAAUCUGAGAAUGAAUGAAGCCCAUUGCCCGAUAAUUGGUAUCGCACGUUAAGUAGAUCCUACCUGACAGCUGUAGUGGUUAAUGUUGAUGCCAGAGUUAAAAUGCCCAAAGUGGGAGAGUAACCAUAGGGCUAAUCCUUUACUAAAUACAACGUGCUACAAGCAGACAAUACAUGUUUCCUUUGCAAUCUAACUAGUACUUUAAUACCACUGAGUUUUUAAAUGUGUGUCUCAAUGGAUUAUAACGUCUGUAACAACAGAAAUUUCCCAUGGCCUGUGUUAUUUUAUAUUCCUUAAUUGUGUGUGGACAAGCCCAUUUAGGGUUUUUGACCAAAAAUUAACAACAAUGACAGCUGGUUGGAUUUUCUUAAGUGGUGAAAACUUUCCUUUUUUUUUCUCAAAGCAUUGAAUUUGACCCAAGUUAAAUAAAUGACUUGUCACUUUAGGCUUCACGUUGUAACUGCAUCUCAUCUGGCUUGAUAGCACAUUUUAGUUCUACAACCAGGGAAUAUACAAUGUGUUUGUUGAGAUCUGAUGGAUAGCAGUGCACUGUUGGUGUAAAGUCACUCUGGGGUUUGUGAGUGCACGGAGUCCUAACUUUCAGCAAUCUCAUGGUAGGUAAAGCAAUAUAUCAUUGUUGGGCAAUCCCUCCUCGGCCUGCCUCCCACCUUUGCAGCCCAGAAAUGGUGCAAUUUACAGAAAUAAAUGAAAUGAUACAGUGAGAAAGCAGAAAGCUAUAUAUUGUAAAUAUGACUUGCACUUUCAAUAGUAACAAAAGCAGGAUGCACAAACAUGUCAUCAUUUAUUCCACAGAAGCUAAUGCGAUGAAACUCAAACAUGGAAUUGGUAAUUACCUUUUCAGUUAACACUAAUUGCAAAGCUGUUCAACGUACAAAGAUGUCAAUUUGAUUUAAAAUCUGCCUUGAUUAAUUUACAGUAAGCUGCUGAAUAUAUUACUUGGCAUAAGCCUGGUUUAUAUGGCUACUGUUUAUAUUAAUGUUUAAGUCUCCUGCCUGAGCUAAUCCUUUUGUUAAUGCAGGUUAUUGUCUUGAUUCCCUCUCGUGUCUGAUCCCAUAAAUUGUAGUUCUUGCAAAAACAUUUUUUGUAGAUUAAAUCUUUACCAGAUCUUGAA